GUUUGCUCAGAUAUUAAUGUAAAUAAAUAUUGUAAUAAGAAUCUAUUACAACUAAUUAAAUUUUUUAUCAAAUAUUUAAAAAUGAAUAAAUAAUAGGUUUUUUUAAUCUUAUUAGUUUUUUUUAAUAUAUUUAGCUAAGUAUGUACACUCGAGAGUGGAGUAUUUAAGGAUUAAAAUUAUAAAAUGCAGAUUCCUUAAGAAGAGCGGUCGCUUAAAAGGAAAUAAAAUAUUCUUCAUACUUUAAAUUAAUUAGGUGAAUCUUAUAUGGAUUUAGUAUAGUAUCUAAGCGAAAAUGUGAUUUAGAAAAUAUAAAGCUAUUUGUCUUUAGACUACUAUUUGACAAAUAAAUAGGAUGAAUUCCAAAAAACAACAACAGGGUUCAAUUAGAUGUUUUACUAAAGCGAUGUUCUUAAUGAAGAAGAGUGGAAAAAAGAAUAUAAAAGUAUGCCAGAACACAAAUCCAAUAAAUUCAGAAUGAUGAUUGAUAAAAGCUUAGAAAAAGAAAAAGAAAAAAAUAAUAGUCCUUUCAGACAAUUUAAUAGUUUUGAGAGGCUUUAGAAAAAUCCAACUGUUUCCACUGUUUCACCUAAAGAUUUGCAAUAAGAGGAAGAAUAUUAAUUUACAUAAAUUUAAAGAUUGCUUUAAUAGAAUCAAAACAUUCCUGACGAUGGAGAAAUAACAAAGAUGUCUGAAAAAGAUAAAUGCUAAAAUAAUUCAUAUUUAGUUCUUAUAGAAUAGACUGCUUAUUUUUGUAAUAGUUCAAUGGUUCAAGAAUAAUUUUAUAAACAUUUAACACCUGAAUAGCUUCAACAAAAUAAUUGUGUGACAAGGAAAUUAAAAUUUGAGUCUUGUCUCUGCCCACUUGAUUAUGUUGGAAGAAGAUGUGAGUUAGAAUCGAGGGUAUAUUGCGAUUUAAACAUAUUAAAUGAGCCUAGAUGUAAAAAAUUCAAUGAAUUUUAUUAUGUGUCUGAAUAUACCGGUCUUCCUCCUUGUCUGCAAGUUAAAAAUGAAGAUUUUCUAAGUUAUCAUGUUUAAGCUUAAUGCAGAAACUUAUUCAUUCCACCUAAAGAACCUAAAGUGUAUGGAACAUCAGCAGAUUAUAAAAUUCUUUUUGACGAAAAACCUCCUACAGCACCUAUCGAAUGGGAACCAUUUAAAGAAUUUAAAUAUCUCUAUAAAUCAGACAAGCUAGUUUUUUCAAGAUUGAGGAUUUUAAACCCUCAAAUCUAAUAUAUAAAUUGGAAUAAUUUAGGAGAUAAUGUUAUUGAUAGUUAUUUGAGAAAGUAUAAUCUUACCUUUGAACAAAUUAUAGGAGAUUAGCCUUUUGAAAUAGUUAUUAAUUUUAGAAAUCUAAGUCCAAACAUCACAACAGCUGGCAGAUACACAAUUGAAAUCAAUUUAUUUGAACAGUUCAAUUAUCCAACCAAAGAUCCCUUCGUAUUGGUUGCCUCAGGAAUUAAAUUAUUAGUUUUUGAGCAAGAGGGAUUCAUAGAAACAUUUUCAAAAAGUUUGGAUACUCAAGAAAUUGUUUUAAUCACUCUAUUAAUAUCUUCACUCGUUUUGCUAUUUAGCUUUGUAACAUAUUACUAAUUUAUUUAAAAACCUAAAAAUAGAAAGAGAAAGAAAGAUUUGUUAUUGUAAGAUGAUUACUCAUUACAUGAAAAUCUAAAUGAAAAUAAUAUAAAUAAAGAAAUAGCCAUAGAAUAAAAUGGUGAUGAAAAUGGAAACGACAACUAUUAGAUAUAAGAAAAUUAAUGAAAUAUAUUUUAUAAAUCAAUUAAUUGUACAAAUUUAUGUUGAAAUUUUUUUUAAAGUGUUAUAUUAAAUACUAAAAAUUAUUUUUGUAAAAAUAAAUAAGUUAAA